GGUAUUGGUCGGCCAAGCGUAUACCAUGCGGUGGUGGUCAUAUUUCUAGAAUUCUUUGCCUGGGGGCUCUUGACAACUCCAAUGCUAACGGUCUUACAUGAAACAUUUUCCCAUCAUACAUUUUUAAUGAAUGGUCUUAUUCAAGGUGUUAAGGGUUUUUUGUCCUUUCUCAGUGCUCCACUAAUAGGUGCUCUAUCAGAUGCAUGGGGAAGAAAAUCUUUUCUUCUUCUUACAGUUUUCUUCACCUGUGCCCCAAUUCCAUUAAUGAGAAUAAGUCCAUGGUGGUACUUCGCCAUGAUUUCGGUAUCUGGAAUCUUUUCUGUUACCUUUUCUGUAAUAUUUGCAUAUGUAGCUGAUGUAACACAAGAACAUGAAAGAAUUACAGCCUAUGGAUUGGUAUCUGCCACCUUUGCAGCAAGUUUGGUAACUAGUCCUGCCAUUGGAGCAUACCUGUCUGCCAGCUACGGAGAUAACCUUGUUGUACUAGUGGCCACAUUGGUGGCUGUUGUGGAUAUCUGCUUCAUCCUGCUGGCUGUACCAGAAUCUCUGCCAGAAAAAAUGAGACCUGCUUCAUGGGGAGCUUCUAUAUCAUGGGAACAAGCAGACCCUUUUGCAUCUCUGAAAAAGGUUAGAAAAGAUUCUACUGUUCUCCCGAUCUGCAUUACGGUGUUUCUCUCCUAUCUGCCUGAGGCUGGCCAGUAUUCUAGCUUUUUUCUGUACUUGCGACAGAUUAUAGGUUUUGGAUCUGCUAGCAUUGCAGCAUUUAUAGCUGUAGUAGGCAUUCUGUCUAUAAUAGCUCAGACUGUGUUUCUCAGUAUCUUGAUGAGGUCAAUAGGGAACAAAAAUACAGUUCUCCUUGGCCUUGGCUUUCAAAUCCUUCAGCUGGCUUGGUAUGGUUUUGGAUCUCAGUCUUGGAUGAUGUGGGCAGCAGGAGCUGUAGCAGCAAUGUCAAGCAUUACUUUCCCAGCAAUCAGUGCUCUGGUUUCACGAAAUGCAGAGUCAGAUCAACAGGGUGUUGUCCAAGGAAUAAUAACUGGAAUAAGAGGCCUGUGCAAUGGCCUGGGACCAGCACUGUAUGGCUUCAUUUUCUUUCUCUUUCAUGUGGAGCUCAAUGAAUUGCCACCUGAUCAGACUUCUGGAAAAAAAGCAAUGCAAGAUCCCAGUGAUGAGGUAAGUUUAAAAUUUGGUGUGAAGUUUGCAGUGUAG